AUAGAAAUGGGCCGUAAAUAUAGACGAGAAAAAUAUGAACAAUUCCUUCUCUUUCGUCCUUCAUUUCUGCUGAAAUCGAUCGAGUUGCAGAUGCUGGUGGUCGAGUUCUCACCGAAACCAAACCUCGCAACUUUGUGAUUUCUGUUCUUUCUUGCUUACGAUGUAGGCAGCAGAAAUUUUGGGGUUCAUUCUGAAUCGCCGAUCACUCAGGCAAUCAGGAGACCCACUUCUGGUUUUGGGAUUUCUAACAGAAUCAGCUUUCCUUCAACACGCCAUAACUUUCCCAAUUCGAAGCUAACCCCAUUUCUUCAAUCUCCUGAUCGCCGCCAUGAGGUCCGAUCAGAUUCCGCUGUUCAAGCCUGACGAAGUAGACCGGGAGCUGCUCAGCCGGCCCACCACUUCCCUAAUCACCGCCCGCAAGAAAGGGACAGGAGUUCGGGCGUGGCUCCUGCUGGACUCCACCGGCCAGGCCCAGGUCGUGGAGGUAGGGAAGCAUGCCAUCAUGCGGCGAACUGGGUUACCCGCCCGCGAUCUGCGGAUUCUCGACCCGCUUCUGUCGUACCCGUCCACGGUUUUGGGUCGCGAGAGGGCGAUAGUCAUCAAUUUGGAGCACAUCAAGGCUAUUAUUACUGCCCAGGAGGUUUUGUUGCUGAAUUCCAAGGACCCUUCUGUCACCCCGUUCGUUGAAGAGCUGCAGAAGAGGCUUACCUUCCAUUUUCACGCCACCAAAGCUCAGGAGGGUAAUGGUGAUGAUACAAAUUGGAAGACCGUGUAUGAUUCACAAUUGCUGAAAUCAAGCACCGAGAGCCCUGAGGAUUUUCCUGAGCGUUCAUUACUUGGUCGAGAUCAUGAAGAGGGAAGGAAGGCAGAUGGGAGGCAGAGUGUUGAGAACCGUGAUGGAUCAAAGGUACUCCCAUUUGAAUUUGUAGCCUUGGAGGCUUGUUUGGAGGCGGCCUGCAGCUGCUUAGAGAUUGAGGCAAAAACACUGGAGCAAGAGGCCCAUCCAGCAUUGGAUAAGCUGACUUCAAAAAUUAGUACUCUCAAUUUAGAACGCGUUCGGCAGAUUAAAAGUCGUUUGGUGGCAAUAACUGGCCGAGUCCAGAAGGUAAGGGAUGAGCUGGAGCACUUGCUUGAUGAUGAUGAGGACAUGGCUGAAAUGUACUUGACUGAAAAAUUAGUUAACCUGGAAAACUCUUCAGCUUCCUCUUUCAGCAAUGGAGAUGAGAUGGACGAUGAUCCACCUGAAAUGGAUGACAGGCACGCCAGCCUUCCUGUUGAAGCAUCUAAAGAAGGUGGACAUGGUGCUUCCACUAGCUAUGAUCCAGAUAUUCAAGCGGAUAACCCUCAUGAUCAUCAUCCGUUCAGUGCACUUAGUCGCACGCUCACUAGUACCACUACCAUGAGCAAGCACCUUGAUGUGGAGGAGCUAGAAAUGCUUCUGGAAGCAUACUUUGUCCAAAUUGACGGAACUCUAAACAAGCUUUCUACGCUGAGGGAGUACGUCGAUGACACAGAGGACUACAUCAACAUUAUGUUGGAUGACAAGCAGAACCACCUGCUGCAGAUGGGGGUUAUGUUGACGACUGCAACGCUAUUCAUCAGCUUCUUUAUCGCGCUUGCUGGUGUCUUCGGCAUGAACAUCGAGAUCGAGUUGUUCAAGGAAAAUGUGAAAGAAGGUAUGCCACAUUUUCUUUGGACAGUUGGCGGGGGCGCCACUGGAACCAUAUGCCUCUUUGUGGCUGCAAUUGCUUGGUACAAGCACAAGCGGCUUUUGGAAUAGUAUAGUAACUGUUAUCAAUAAUUGUAUAACAUUAGACUGUAUUAUGUAACAGUUAAUUUACUACCAGAAAGGAAACCUGCAGAUCAAUUUUAUCUCCCCCCAACAAAUUUGACUCUCUGCCAAAAUUGUACUCUGCCUUGGUUAGCGUACGCCUGUAUUCACACUUGGUUUUUGCACUUCAAUAUAUUUCAUUUGAGUUAGAGACUGGGGUUCACCCAUUAGAAGUUAGGGUAUAUUAAUUUGUCGUCUAAAUAGUAAAACUCGACGGGCGUACAAUGUACGCUUGACGUUUGCUAUGCCUUUUAGGGUUUUUUUAUUAAUAUAUUAGUAAAUUAAAUAUUUGACAC